UUCAGGGUAGGAAGCAGAAUCGGGAACGGAACAAGGACGAAGCGGAGCGGUUUGAAACACCGCCAGGAAAACACAAUCAUUCUGUCGGAAGUGGUAAUAAGGAAACCAAUGUGACAAAGACCAUGGACUCAUAACGCAGCUUCCUGUUUUGUUACUUGGAAGCAUUGGUGCAGCAAUGAACCACACCCCCAGCCCCCACAUGACCGAGGCCAAGUCCGGUGCCUCCAUCCUCUCUGGGCUGGGCCUUGGCUUGGGCUCUGAUAGGAUGAUGUCACCGGACAGCAUGGCCAACACUCCCAGCCCCGUGGGUGGCACACCCAAUUCCAGUCCCCCGCUGCUCCUGUCACCAGUGGGCUGCAUGGGUCUGGCUGACGGUGGUGACUGGGAGAGUCGAGAGGAGCUGCGCCUGCGGGAGCUGGAGGAAGCACGGGCACGGGCUGCUCAGAUGGAGAAGACGAUGCGCUGGUGGUCGGACUGCACAGCCAACUGGCGGGAAAAGUGGAGUAAGGUGCGAGCGGAGCGUAACAAAGCACGCGAGGAGGUGCGUCAGCUGCGCCAGCGCCUCGACGCCCUCACUAAGGAGCUGACGAGUGUUCGGCGAGAGCGCCAGGAGCUGACCUCCGAGAAUGAGCAAUUGCGCCGCACUGGCCCUGCCUCUUCCUCAUCCUCCCCCCCACCACCCCUCUCGCCUGAUCCCGCAGCCUGCAACCAGGAGCAGGAGUCCGAGGGGUCAGGGACGCUGGAGCAAGAGCCCGUGCGGGACGUGGGCACCGAGAAGCCUGACAGGAGCAAGGACAUGGAGCUGCUGGAUUCACUUCUGCGGACCAAAGCUGAGACCCCGGAGUCCUGGGACGGCCGCAGCGCUAGCAGCCUGCGUUCAGCCCUCGGCCGGCAGGACCGCGGUCGCCUGCUCUGGGACGAUAUCAGCACCCUGGAGGAGGACAGCAGCAAGAUCACAGCUCUCCAGCUGCGCUUGGAUGAAUCACAGAAAGUCUUGUUGAAGGAGCGCGAGGACAAGAACUCACUAAGUAAGAGCAUUGAGAAGCUGGAGACGGAACUCAGCCAGUGGAAGCUCAAGUAUGAGGAGCUGAACAAGAGCAAGCAGGAGGCGCUGCAGCAGUUAAACCUCCUUAAGGAGGUGCACCAGGAUGAACUGGGCCGCAUGUCUGAGGACCUAGAAGACGAGCUGGGGGCACGCAACAGCAUGGACAAGAAGUUGGCCGAGUUGAGAGCAGAGAUGGAGCGACUGCAAGCAGAGAACGCAGCGGAGUGGGGCCGGCGGGAGCGGCUGGAGACAGAAAAGCUGGCGCUGGAGCGGGACAACAAGAAGCUGCGGGCGCAGGUGGAGGACCUGGAGGAGCAGCUGGCGCGCAGGCGGAGACAGGCUGCCACUGCCCUCGACUGCGACCUCAAGAGCAUCCAGAGUGAGCUCUUUGAAAGGAACAAGGAGCUGGCAGACAUGCGUCAUGUGCACUGCAAGAUGAAGAAGCAGUACCAGGAGAAGACUGCAGAGCUGGCGCACGCCAACCGGCGAGUGGAGCAGCACGAGGCUGAGGUGAAGAAGCUAAGGCUGAGGGUGGAGGAGCUGAAGAAGGAGCUGGGCCAAGCAGAGGAUGAGCUGGAUGAAGCCCACAAUCAGACAAGGAAGCUGCAGAGGUCUCUGGAUGAGCAGGUGGAGCAGUCGGAAAACCUGCAGGUCCAGCUGGAACAUCUGCAGUCUAGGCUCCGGCGUCAGCAAAAUCCCGGCCUGUUCGGGAAGAUGCGCUCAUCCAGAUUCGGCUCGGAGAACCCGGACGAGCCGCCCAGUGACCUGGAUGACGAAGAGGAGCUGCAGAUACAGAUGGCUUGAGUUUCAGAACAAAGUCCAGGAUGUCCGCUGGCUGGGGCCUUUCUAUCGCAUUGUCACUCCGACCGUUGCGUCAACAUACACAUUGAGUCAGUGACUGUGUCUGUUAGUGGGCAGUGAAAGUCCUGAAGGUCCAUCUUUCCAUGGCUUCUUCAAGUGCUGAUGGCUCUUCGCCUGCUGUUCCGGUCACUGCCAAGGGACACAGAUCCAACAUAUGAAGCCUUCGUUGUUACACUCUCAGGAACCCACCCUCACAGCAAUCUCAGAGCAUCCUGAAAGCGCUGUGUAAUGGAAGUAUCAGGACUAUUGUAAGCACCUCCAGAUUUCUCUUAAAUGGUGCCCCCCACUUCUGCCCCAUCAGCAGCAGGGCUACUUAACCGUUCAUCCUAAAAGCAAUAAGAUUCAAAGUUCACUCCACCAGCUCCACUAAAAAAAUACCACAAGUAAUGAGGACCAAGCCAUUUGUAAUGGUUUUAUUGGAGAUUAUUUAUCUUUAAUCUGUUUUUUAAUUAAAUUCUAUUAGUCACUUUUUCUAUUAAGCUUUGUAGGCGUGUUACUUGGUUGCAUGUCCAUGCUGUGCAGUGCUACGCGCUGUGUGUUGUGUCACGUUCUGUCCUCUUCCUUCUCUGCCCUCGUGUUUACCGAGAUGUCUUAUCAUUUUCAAUUCCACCAUCAGUAUUUGGGUAAAUGAAAGAAGAUGUUUUUAAGGAGAGAGACUGGAUCAACAGUGCUCUCUCUCUCUCUCUCUGUGUGUGUGUGUGUGUGUGUGUGUGU